ACAAGCGUUGAAGAAACAUUAUUGACCCAAAGUCAGUCAUGGGAACAAAAACUGCGCCAGGUAAAUCAAGAAUAUGAUGAAGGUAUGAAGAAACAGAUUGAUGAAACGCUCAAAAUAACCCUUUUAAAGCGGAAGGAAUUGCUACAUGACUUCACUAAAUAUGAAGAACAAUGGAAAUUAAACCUUGAACAUAUCAGGUAUGACUUUGAAACCAAAUGGAAUGAAAUGAUUAAACCACUUUCCAGAAAUGUUGAUUUCAGGAUCGGCGAGGAGGAUAUAAUCAGGGUUAAACAGGCAUUCGAGGAAAAGAUGUACCUCCAUCAAAAUGACCAAGAACAGGAAUGGCUUGAAGAAGAACAAAACCUGGUUGAAAACAUGACAGAAAACCUUAGGAAAAGGCUGUCAGACAUGCGAGGCGCUCAGGAGGAGCAAGACAAGGAAUGCAUGGAGGCUGAAAUACGCAAACACACAGCAACCUUAAAAAAGGAGAUGGAUAUGUAUGUUGAAAAAGUAUACAAACACUGGCGAGAUGUUUUUGAUGGUGGCAUGGAGAAGAAACUAAGGGACAUAAGGCAUUUAGUUGCAGGGUACCAGGCAGCAAACAUGAAAACUUGGAAAGAAGAUGCUGAGCGAAACGUCUCUUGCAUCAUUUCAAACUGGACUCGGGAAAUGAUGGACAUACUGAAAAAUAGGGAAAGUGAGUGGAAUCAGGCCAUCGAACGGCUGUGGUUAGAGAAGGAAUGGCAACUGAAGAUUGAGCUAAGGACCUUGCAAUCCCACUCUAGAAAAGAGAUAGAAAGUAUCACCUCCAGAAAGCUGAAGGUAUCUUCUGAGGAACUGAACCAAACUCUUAAAUGUAAACGCAAACACUUGGAGGCGAUCUGGAGUGAUAAUAAUAUGAAGGACCUCAAUACCAUGAUGAAAGCGGCUCUAGACAAAGCCAAACUGGCUUCAGAUCAGAUGAUGCGAGAGACAAUUUAUGAAAUCACGUCCAAAAGAAAACUUGAAGAGCAGAGAUGUGAACUAACGAUAAAACACGAGCGGCUGACCAGUCAAAGGAAGCAACUUGACGAGAAAUGUCUACAACAUUUUGGCAAAAGGUAUGCAGAGAUGAAUGCUUGUUUCCCAGUCGAGUCCUUGGUUCAGUUAUCCACAGGACAAAUAGUCUCCCUGUCAGAGGUCAACAUAGGUGACAGACUCCUUUGCUGUGGUGAAAAGGGCAUGCUUGUGUACAGCCCAGUGUAUCGUUUUGGUCACAGACAGCACAAUGGAAACAAUACAUUCGUGGAAAUAUCAACAAAGUCAAAGAAGCUGAAAGUUUCUCCAAAUCACCAUGUGCACAUUGGAAAGUCUGUCUGCAGGAAAAACACUAAAGCUGCAAUAGCUAUAGAAGUUGGUGAUGCUGCUCUUGUGUUAGGGGAGGAAAGAAGACUGGUAUCCGAGGAAGUCCUUUCUGUCACCUUGACAACUGGAAGAGGUCUGUGCGCCCCCUAUACAUUGUGUGGAACCAUAGUGGUUGAUGGAAUGCUUGCCUCCUGCUAUGUGGACCGUGUUGCUCCUUCUCUGGCGCACAAGCUUCUGGCACCCGUUAGAACUUGGUACAGACUGUUUGCUCCAGGUGAAUCUACUACUGCAAGGAAGAUGAGUCCUGAACAUGUUUGCUUCCCGAGAGGCCCCUGCUCCAUUGCAGAAGAGAGAACUGUCAGGAAAAACAAAGGGGAUACAGUCAUAAAAGGUGAAAGUUGAGAUAUCUGAUGAUAACACACCUUCUUGAAGUUAAACAAGAACGUCCUGGAGAAUCCUGAAGGCUAAUUUCAUUGGUGUAUUUACCACAUAUUAGCUACCUGCAUGUGAAAUAUGAGUGAGUGAGUUAAGAA